AUGCCGCCAGCUACAAAGAGGAAGAAGGAGAAGGAGGCAGACUUUAAAAAAGCGAAGCUCAAGCUGGGUAAAGGCAAGAAGGUGCCUACAAACGCUACCAAUACCUCUUUCAAAGCUAGAUCUAUCGCUUUGCCCGGCCAACAACCCCUCGAACGUGCCGCGAUCCAGCAAGACCCAUCCUCCAAUUUCGCCUCUACCUCCGCCGGCGCCGAACCCCUUACAUCAAGCGGUCUGGACCUCGAUGAGGUCCUCAUCAGGCUACGGCACCCAAAUGCCGGAGUAAGAAGGGAUAGCCUAGGUGGAGUGAAGGAGAUUCUGAAGAUCAGGAGUGGAGUAGAGGUGGGCAGGGUGAUGAGGGCGUUGGGGGGGAUGGUGGCUGAUGAUGAUGCUUCAGUGAGGAAGGGCUUGUUGGGGUUGUUGGACUGGUACUUUUCCAUUACGCCCGAGGCAAGUUACUCUUCGAUAAAGACUGUCUCGCUCGUCCCACAUCUACCUCUCUUCCUCCUUCUAACAUCCUCGGCCUUAUCUCACAUAUUCCCUGAAAUCCGCCUCGACGCCGCCCGACUUGUCUCCCUCCUCCUUCAACAUGUCCCAAGACACAUCACCGCCGGCUGGCCCGCCUCGGCGCCUUCUGCUUCCGGCGAAGCAGGUGCAACCUCGACUUCGGGCUCCACUAUCCUCGAGGGACUGCGUCUCGCUUUGGGACUGGGCGGAGAUAAAGCCAGUUCUGCCCAAGGGAGACUGACGGCGGGUGGAAAGUUAGUGUUCCUCAAAGCUGUACUGGCAUUUGUCACGCAAGCCUUGGAGGGCGGGUCGGACUCUGCUGCGACGGAGAGCAUGUGGGAAGGCUGGCUGGACGAGGGGAACAGCGCGAGCAAUAAAGGAGCAGUGCUGGAGGUCAGCGAGCACGGGCUGGCGUUUGAUGGGACGAACGAGGGAUGGGUCGUAGAGUCGGGCAGCUGGGCGGUGAAUACUGCUGCGACGUCGGGAUGGGAGCUCGGCAGGCUGGAUGCAGGGGGAAGUACUGCCGAGUCUGGAGAAAAUGGCUCCGGUACAAUGAACCUCUUUGUCCAGCUCCACCCCCUUUUACUUUCCACCUUUCUCGAGUCCGCCCCCUCCGCAUUCUCCCCUACGUCCACGUCCGCCCCUACUGCUGCUUCGACCGAGACCCAUAUCGAACUAUGCGUAGUCACCGCCACCUUGACCUCCGUGCUCGCCAAACACAUCAUUACGGCCGCCGCUCCCGCUUCGGAGAAGGACACCGGUAUCGUCCGAGCUCGAAUCUCCGACUUUCUGAAGCGUCUAUCGCCCUACUUCCCCUUCUCAGGAGCCAGCCUCACCACCGGUUCCUCCGCUUUGAGCGCAGGUAUGGAGCUGAAUCUAGCGUAUGCUCGACUGGCUGCGCUUCUUGCACCACAGCCUGUCCCGCUUGCAUACGGUCAGAAUGCCACCGAGAGAAGAAAGGAUACGGCGUGGAAGGCGCGCGUGAGGUCGGUCGAGGCGUCUUGGGCGACCGUCAGGGCGGAGACAGACCGGCGGAAGGGCAAGGGCAAGGGUCGGGCCGUCGACGGAUGGGCGAUGGCCGAGGUCGCAGCGUGGCUGACUGAUAUUCUUACGCCGUCUCAAGACAUGUUAUCACCCCCAAUCACAACCUCGACUUUCUCUGCCCUGUUACCGAUCAUGUGGACCCUCAUCACGCAACCACCUCCCCCCAGCUCGACCGAAGAGGACGAGGAGAAUAUACCCGAGAUGGUCGGUACCGCCCUUCUCGCGUUCAUCGCUCGUCAAAACGCCUCCUCUGCGCUCCGGGGUCUGGGGGACGACUUUGUCAUUCGGCUCGUACGGACACAUGAACAGUCUUACCCCACCCUACCCUUCUUCAUACACAUGUCAUCGAAGCUGAGGGCGGCGGUACGAGGUUGGAUCGACGGGGUGCCGAAGGCGCUUUGGGAUAUUGGGGCGAGGGACGAGCGGGCGACGGAGAGGUUGUUGCGGUGGUUGUUGGAUAUGGGGAUGAGGGGGGCAGGCGGUGGCGCGGAAGAGGGAUGCAGUCUACUGGACGUCAAAACCUACCCGAGCAUAUCUGCCCGACUGGCUCCGUUCUUCCAUCUCGCCCAUCCGACUCGUGGGUCCACGAUGGGGCCGUGGACAAAGUUGCCAGAAGGCAGGGUGCGGAGACUUGGCUUGGACGUGGCGGCUGUAUGGGGGGAGUGGGACACGGAAGGUCGGCUCGGCGAGGCGGUCAAGCUAGCCCAGGCCGGGAUCCAGUAA